UUCAUAUUCACGUGCAUAGGAACUUACAACAUGUUUCAGCAGUGCAUAAUUAUGGUCAAGGGCCUUAUUCAUUAAUUUACGGAUUGAAAAUGGGUCGAUUUGAAAGUCGUCUAGCAACAUCAACCGAUGAAUCAACCCUGUACGAUAUCCUCUAUGAGUACGUCAUCGAACAGGACUUGGGAGACGAAUUCACGAAUUCACAACAAAAUUUCAUAAAUCAUUUCAACCUUGGGCACUUUUCGGCGCUUCUCACCGAGGUUAUAGAUGAGACAGAAUGCAAGAGAGAAGUUAUCGGAUGCGCCUUCCUUUCCUUUCCAUAUAAUUACAUCGCUGGUCGGGCAUGUUUUCUACACUGCUGUUAUGUGAAGCCAGCCUACAGAGACCGUGGACUCCAGCAUGAAUUGAUAAAGCUAGCCAAAAAGGUUUGUUUCAACUUCAACUUCCAAUAUAGUUGAACAGAACAUUAAUGG